AUGAUAGACUGGAAAAAUGAAGAGGAAAGUGAAGAGCAUCAAAGAUAUCAUGAAGGACAUUUCCAAACUGAGACAAUUGUCCAUAGUAUGAAUCUCACUGCCCAAAAUGGUGAAGGAUAUAAAACACUUUGGAAAACAUCCCUUCUUAAGUCUGCUACUUCUGAAAAGCAGUGUCUUUCUGUAAGCAAGAGCUCAAAUCAAAUGGUGAAACAUACAUAUUUAGAGAAAGAAAAUUUGGAAAAUCUGGAAAGUUGCCUAGUCCACGCUGAAAAUAUUUAUUUGAACCAUUUUGAAAGUAGGAUUGGCUUGACCUUUGAGUCAAAUAUUUCUGAAAAUCAGAGAUUUAAAAAUGAAGAACAAAGUGCUAAGUGGGAUCCAUUUGAGAGGUCCUUCACCAAGGAGUCGACCCUACAAGAUGACCAGAGUAUUUUCAGUGAAAGUAGAAUUGCUCAAUGCAGUGAAUCUGAGAACAAAUUUAACAAGGGUUCAAAUGUUAAUAAAUGUCUGAGGAUUCAUUUUCCAGAGAAUCAUUAUGAACGUGAUAAAUGUGUGGAAGUCUUUUAUCCAAGCUCCAACGUGAUUAUACAUAAGAGUAUGCCUAUGGGAGAGAAUCCUUAUAAAUAUAGUGAAUGUGGGAAAUCUGUUAAGCAGUCCUCCAAUGUUGGCGAUUAUCAGAGAAUUCACAUCGAAAAAAAUUCAUACAGAUGUAAUAAACCUGGGAAUAUGUUGAGUCAAUCAUCAGGACUAAACAUACAUAACACAGUCGCUACUGGACAGAAAACUUACAUUUGUGAGGAAUGUGGUAAAGCCUUUGACUGGCACGCAACACUAUCUCAACAUCAGCCUAUGCAUACUGGAGAGAAACCUUACAAAUGUAAAGAAUGUAGCAAGGUGUUUGUCCACCCCGCAUACCUUAUUCAACAUGACAAAAUUCAUCCUGGAGAGAAACCUUACCAGUGUGAAGAAUGUGGCAAGGCCUUUAACCAUCACUCAAACCUUAUUCAACAUCACAGAAAUCAUAAUGGAGAGAAACCUUACCAAUGUAAAGAAUGUGGCCAGGCCUUUAACCAGCACUCAAGCCUUACUCAACAUCACAGAAUUCACAGUGGUGAAAAACCUUACGUAUGUAAAGAAUGUGGCCAGGCCUUUAAUCAGCACUCACACCUUACUUGA